CGAUGCCGCUGUACGAGGGCCUGGGCAGCGGCGGCGAGAAGACGGCCGUGGUCAUCGACCUGGGCGAGGCCUUCACCAAGUGUGGUUUUGCAGGAGAAACAGGACCAAGAUGUAUUAUUCCUAGUGAAAUAAAGAAAUCUGAUGUCCUGAAGCCUAUCAAAGUUGUACAAUAUAAUAUUAACACAGAAGAAUUAUAUUCCUAUCUGAAGGAAUUUAUUCAUAUGCUGUAUUUCAGACAUCUCCUGGUGAAUCCAAGAGACCGUCGUGUUGUGAUCAUAGAGUCUGUGUUAUGCCCUUCCCACUUCAGAGACACGCUCACGAGAGUCCUUUUCAAGCAUUUUGAGGUACCUUCUGUUUUGUUUGCCCCAAGUCAUCUGAUGUCUCUCCUGACGCUUGGGAUCAAUUCUGCCAUGGUGUUGGACUGCGGAUAUGCAGAGAGCUUGGCGCUGCCUAUAUAUGAGGGAAUCCCAAUUCUGAGCUGCUGGGGAGCUCUUCCUUUGGGAGGAAAGGCUAUCCACAAGGAGCUGGAAUAUCAGCUGUUGGAGCAAUGCACAGUUGAUACGGGAUUAGCCAAAGGACAGAGCCUUCCAUCUGUGAUGGGCUCAGUUCCAGAAGACAUAGUUGAGGAUAUAAAAGUCCGCACUUGUUUUGUGAGCGAUCUCCAGCGUGGACUGAAAAUCCAAGCAGCAAAGUUCAACAUUGAUGGCAGUGCUGAGCGUCCCUCUCCGCCUCCAGAUGUGGACUAUCCAUUAGAUGGAGAAAAGAUUCUGCAUGUAGUUGGCUCUAUCAGAGACUCCGUUGUUGAAAUACUCUUUGAACAGGAUAAUGAAGAGAAAUCUGUUGCCACUUUAAUCCUAGAUUCACUCAUCCAGUGCCCCAUAGACACCAGGAAGCAGCUGGCGGAGAAUUUGGUGGUUAUUGGUGGCACUGCGAUGUUGCCAGGAUUCCUCCACAGACUAAUGGCAGAAAUCAGAUACCUGGUAGAGAAACCAAAAUACAAAGAGGCUCUUGCCACUAAAACCUUCAGGAUUCACACUCCGCCUGCCAAACCCAACUGCGUGGCAUGGCUGGGAGGAGCCAUUUUCGGAGCGCUUCAGGACAUCCUUGGCAGCCGUUCUGUGUCCAAGGAGUAUUACAGCCAGACCGGCCGCAUCCCUGACUGGUGCUGCCUCAAUAAUCCCCCCCUGGAAAUGAUGUUUGAUGUGGGGAAAGCGCCCCCACCACUGAUGAAGAGGGCCUUUUCUAUGGAGAAAUGAACAUCUCGGCACUACACAAGGAUUAUUCU